AUGCCUGACACCGACGGCACACCCCUCCAGAAUGGCCACACAAACGGCACCGCCUCCCACUCAACACCCCCUCGGAGCAAGUCGGGAUGGGAUGGCAAGCUGAGGGUCAACAAACACGCCACGCUCGCCAAUCCAGAGGCCCUCAGCGAUCCAGAGUACUCCGAUGAAGAUGCUCCGCCCGUGGAGCAGAUAGAUGCCGACGAGGACCUACUGGACGGAGAAGACCCAGACGUAGACGUACCUUUCACUCUGGGCCCUCCAUACCUCUCCUUUGCUGACAGGUGACACCAGGAGAUCGAGCUGCUACACUCCAAGAUCACCUCAAUCCCCGCUCUCCGCCUCGAACGAUUCAAGCGACUGAGACGAAUAUGCCUGAGACAGAACCAGAUCCAGCGCAUCACUCUCCCCGAAACCUGUACCUCGACCCUGGAAGAUCUCGAGCUAUACGACAACCUCAUCAAGCACAUCGAGGGUUUGGAGGAUUACACCCGACUACAGAGCUUAGAUCUGAGCUACAAUAAGCUGAAGCACAUCAAGCGCCUAUCUACUCUGAAGGAGCUGCACCAUCUCUACCUCGUGCAGAACCGUAUAUCCAAGAUCGAGGGGCUACAAGACUUGACAAAUCUGGUCUAUCUUGAGCUUGGCGCCAACAGAAUACGAGACAUCGAGGGCCUAGAGACUCUGACGAAGCUGGAGAACUUGUGGCUCGGCCAGAACAAGAUCACACAACUCAAGGGUCUGCACACUCUCGGCAACUUACGCACACUGAGCAUACAAGCCAAUCGUCUCACGUCUCUCGACGGCAUCGAGUCCAUACCGCACAUCACAGAGCUCUAUGUCAGCGAUAACAAGAUCACCUCGUUGGAGCCUCUACGCCGCAACACGAAACUCGAGACCUUGGACUUCCAGACAAAUCCAAUCUCCUCGCUGGCUGGACUGGAGGGGCUGAAGGAUCUGCAGGACGUUUGGGCAUCUAACUGCCAGAUCGAGAGCUUCCAGGAGAUAGAGCGUGUGUUGAAGGACAAGGAGAACUUGGGUGAGGUCUAUUUUGAGGGCAACCCGGUCCAGCGGCAGAACCCCGUGCUUUACCGCAAUAAGGUGCGGCUGGCUCUACCGCAGGUCAACAAAAUCGAUGCGGGUAAGCCACUCCUUCUCACAUAAAAUGCAUUCAACUGACGAUGAUCUAGCUUAUGUCAAGGUCACGUGA